AUGCAAAGUAAUCAGUGGGACUUUUUCCUUUGGAAAGGAGUGUUAAAGGCUAGGGAUAUAUUCAAGAAAGGAAUGUGCAGAAAAAUUGGUGAUGGGAACUCCACCUCGAUCUGGUUUGAUAAUUGGGUCCCUGGUGAUUGCCCAAAUCUGGCCCCCUUACGCUAUGCUUUUGAUGGAGUGAGCUUGGUUAAAAACUUCAUUGCUAACUCUGACUGGAAUAUUCCUAUGCUUAGAGAUUGGUUCUCUGGAGAUGAUGUCAAACGAGUGAAUGAAUGCAAUUUGGAAGGAAAGAAACUCUAUCCUAUUUUGUUGUACCCGCACUCCUAUUGCCAAACUGCAAUCGUCGAUAUCCUCUGGUACCUUGAGCAUGUUGCUGCGAUUUUACAGAAGGGAACUAUGUCGUCUAUUAUGGGUUGGCAGCCUCCUCCCACGGAUUGGAUUUUGAUCAAUUCGGAUGUCGCUACCAGUAAUGAUGGCUCAUCUAUUGCAGUGAUUGCUUGGAAUCAUGAUUCCCAAGUGUUGGGUGCUUUUACUGAGUGGAUUUCCCAAACUAACCCAGCUGUGGGGGAGGCCAUGGCAGUCAUUAAGGGUGCUAACAUUGCUCUAGCAAGCCCAAUUGAAGUGGACCCGAAGUAUAGUUGGGCCACGACCCAGGAGAUGGAGGAAGCCCAGCUCACGCAGGAAGCUGACAAAGCUGAAGCAGGAGCCGAACAGGGAGAGACCAGCAAGAAACGAGCAUUGGAUCUCAAAUGGGAGCAACGUGCAGAAUCUCAACUUGAGAAUUUCAAGCUCAUGCUCGAACAGCACACUGCAAAAACUGAAGAAAAAUUCACUCAUCUGUCUCAGUCUUCAUCGCCAGCUACUGGCCGCGAGGGUAGUACGGAGCGGGGUGGUGGACGCCGUUUAGAGUCGGAAUCAGAUGUUCGCGAUGUCAAUACGAUUCUCAAAAAUAUGAGGGUCAAAAUUCCUCGAUUCGAUGGUACUGCAGUGGAUGAUUGGAUCUAUAAGAUCAACAAGCUUUUUGAUCUACAUCGAGUGGCACCGGAGCUACGACUGGCGAUGGUCCCAUUUCAUUUAGACGGAGCACCGUCUGCUUGGUUUCAGUGGAUGGAGAAAGGAGGAUCGUUCACCGACUGGGACGCUUUUCUUCGAGCAUUACAGCUGCGUUUUGGUACGUCCAUUUAUGAUGAUCCGUUAGGCCGUAUUUCCAAGUUGACCCAGACCAGGCGAGUUGCGGAUUACAUAGCUGAAUUUGAAUCUCUCAUGCCACGAAUUACUGGAGUGCAGGACUCAAUGUUCUUGAAUUUUUUCAUUUGGGGGCUCAAAUUGGAGAUUCGACGGGAAUUAUUGAUGGCUAAACCCAUCGACCUGGUGGAUGCGAUGGCGAAAGCUCAGUUGUUCAAAGAUCGCCAUGAUGAUCUCACGGGUAAGGUACGCUCGGCUUAUACCCGUUCUUCUUGGACACCACGGACUGGAUUUAUUCCUCGGGAAUCAGGGGCUGUUGCUGCGUCCACUAUGAACACUAACCCGAUUCCACCUGGGGGAGUUUCCUCCAAGACUAGCGGUCCAUCGACCCCUCAAUUACCCAUUAAGCGUCUAUCCCCAGCCGAGAUUAAGGACCGUCGAGACCGCGGUCUUUGUUUUACUUGCGAUGAGAAGUUCAACUUUGGGCAUAAAUGUAAGAACAGGAUGCUGAUAUUGUGCGGGCAAGAGGAUGAUGACUGUGAAACUGAUUUGGAGGCGGAAUUACAGGAUAUGGAGGACGUAACAGAAGAAGAAGUGAGUCUCAAUUCGCUGUCGAAUUCGCUUAACCCACGAAUUUUUCGAAUAAUGGUUCAUCAUGGGUCCGAAACAUUGGAGGUUCUCAUCGACACAGGCAGCAACAACAACUUCAUUCAGGAGGCAUUGGUAGCUAAGUUGCAUUUGCAGUGCGAAGAUACAAAACGCUUUCGGGUUUAUAUGGGUAAUGGAAAUUUUUUGAUGUGCUCUAAAGUUUGUAAGGGAGCUGAGUUGAGUCUCCAGGGCCAUUGUUUUGCUGUUGACCUGUUCGUGUUGCUGAUUUGUGGAUUAGAUGUGGUUUUGGGGAUGCAGUGGUUACAAACACUCGGGCCGUGUAUACACGACCACAAGGCUUUGACUAUGGAAUUCUCUUGGCAGGGGAAGACGGUGAAGUUGGCUGGGUUGACAGACACGUAUCCACAACAACUUUCCUAUACCCAAUUUCAUGCAUUGUUACGAGAUGGCGAAGUUCAGGAUGUCUACAAGGUGGCCCCGCUUCCUAACCCAGUGCUCGACAACACAGAGGAGCUGGAAGCAUUAGAAACCCAUUUUCCUACGCAAGGUAAAGGCUUACUUCGCGAUUUUGCUGCAGUCUUCGCUGCACCCAAGCAACUUCCGCCAUACCGCGGGGUGGAUCAUCGUAUUUUUUUACAGCCUGGGUCCAAACCAAUAAAUGUUCGUCCAUACAGGUACCCUUAUUUUCAGAAAGACAUUAUUGAGAAACUUGUCCAAGAGAUGAGUGAGCUGGGAUUUAUCAGAUCCAGUACCAGUCUGUAUUCCUCUCCCGUAUUAUUGGUUAAAAAGAAAGAUGGCUCUUGGAGGUUUUGCAUUGACUACCGUGCACUUAAUGAAAUCACUGUCAAAGAUCGAUUCCCCAUUCCGACCAUCGAUGAACUACUUGAUGAACUAGGUGCGGCGGUCAUUUUUUCGAAAUUGGACCUUAGAGCGGGCUACCAUCAGAUUCGUAUGAACCGCAGUGACAUCCACAAAACCGCUUUCCGCACCCACGAAGGCCACUACGAAUUCAUUGUCAUGCCCUUUGGUCUCACUAAUGCUCCCUCAACAUUUCAGGCGGCGAUGAACCAGUUAUUUCGUCCACACUUGCGGCACUUUGUCAUCGUUUUUUUUGACAACAUUCUCAUUUACAGUAAUUCUAUUCAGGAGCAUGUUGACCAUCUCCGAGUGGUUCUAUCCCUACUGCAAGAGCACCAGUUUUUCGUCAAAGGCAGUAAGUGCAAAUUCUUUCAGACGACCAUUGAUUAUUUGGGACACUUAGUAUCCGCUCAAGGGGUGUGCGCCGACCCAGCCAAGAUCUCAGCCAUGGUUGAUUGGCCGAUUCCAAAAACUAUUAAGCAAUUACGUGGUUUUUUGGGAUUAACAGGAUACUACUGCAAAUUCGUCGCCCACUACGCCACUAUCGCUGCCCCCCUCACUGAUAUGCUCAAGAAAGACUGUUUUAUGUGGACUCCAGCAGCAGCUACGGCGUUUGCAACCCUUAAAACUGAGAUGACCAAUACACCGGUCUUGCGGUUACCUGACUUUUUGAAGGAAUUUUUUAUUGAGACAGACGCCUCUAGCGUGGGUAUUGGAGGAGUGUUGAUGCAGGAAGGACAUCCUGUUGCCUUUUUCAGUAAGAAGUUGGGUCCCCGUUUUGCAGGAGCAUCAGCGUAUAGUAGAGAAAUGAGAGCCAUCGUCGAAGUGGUGACCAAAUGGAGGCAGUACCUAUUGGGCAGACACUUCACCAUUCGCACAGAUCAUAAAAGCUUGAAGGAGCUGCUCACUCAAGUCAUUCAGACCCCCGAACAGCAGCAAUUUUUAUGCAAAUUGCUGGGCUUUCAUUUUUCUAUUGAGUACAAACCGGGUCGCACCAAUGCCGCUGCCGAUGCUUUAUCGAGACAACAAGCAGAGACACCUCCAGUGAUGUUUAUGGCUGUCAGUAAGGGCUGUUUUGAUUUUCUGGAUGUUUUGAGACAGGAAAACAUUACUUGUCCAGAUUUAUGCAGGUUGCACGAGCAAUGGCAGAAAGGAGAAUUGGCGCACGGAGCUUACACAGUUCGGGAUGGAAUUGUGUAUUUCAGACACAGGUUUUUUAUCAGCACUCAUUCCAGCUUGAAAUCCCAAUUAUUACAGGAGUUUCAUGCUUCGUUGAGUGACGGACACGCAGGGGUCGAGAAGACUUAUAGACAUUUGGGCGCAAAUUUUUUUUGGGAAGGCAUGAGGACGAAGGUUCGUGAAUUUGUGCAGGCCUGUUUUGUAUGUCAGACAGUCAAGUAUUCUUCUGCGGCUCCAUAUGGACUACUACAGCCCCUAGAGCUCCCUGAACGGAUUUGGGAAGAUUUGGCGAUGGAUUUCAUAGUCGGCUUGCCCAAUUCCAACGGAGCAACAAACAUAUUAGUGGUUAUUGAUUGCCUAACCAAAUAUGCUCAUUUCGGUGCUUUGCCCAACCACUAUACAACAACGAAAGUGGCGGAGUUGUUCACAAAUAUGGUGAUACGUUUACAUGGCCUUCCUCGCACCAUUGUUUCCGACCGUGAUCCAGUUUUUACUAGUGUUUUUUGGCAGAAGCUGUUUGAAUUGAUGGGUACUAAGCUUAAGAUGAGCUCGGCCUACCACCCACAAACGGACGGCCAAACGGAGGUCACUAAUCGCUAUUUAGAGCAAUACCUCCGCGCUUUUACUGCAGAGAAUCCUAAGAAAUGGAGUCGGUUCCUGUCUUGGGCUGAAUAUCAUUACAACACCAGUUUUCAUUCAUCCAUUGGCAUGACGCCCUUUCAAGAAGUUUAUGGUCGCUCUCCACCUACAAUUCCAGCCUAUACGAGAGGUGCCACAACUAUUCAAGGCGUCGAAGAAGACCUCUUAUCCCGUGAUGACAUUCUGUAG